AUGGGUAUGAUAACUGCACCUAGUUUUACUGCAGCAGAACUUGAAGGGGCGAAAAAAAUUCGAACUCGGAUGAAGAAGUAUAUUCCAGUUGAAUUUGAUACAGAUUUUUAUUUGGCUCGUUGGUGGAGAGCUUAUGACGGUGAUAUACAACAAAUCGAGAAACGGAUGAAAGAAGUUUUCGAACAUCGAAAAUUGUUAGGGUACGAUUGUAUAGAUAGGGAAAACCUGGAAUAUAAACUUGAAAUCCCUCGAAGGACUUUUGAACAGUUUUCAACCUCUCCCGUUGCCUAUGGUCGCUGUUCGGGGAAUCUUUGUAUUUUUGUGCAAAAAAUGAGUGGAGUCGAUUUUAAAGAGAUCUUAAAAACGAUACCUCUCAGCUACGUACUACAUUCUUAUUUUAUAUUACAAGAAUCUCUGAGCCGAGCAAUAAUUGCCAAAGAAGCUGAAACAGGAGCUCCUUCAGGUGGUGUUACAAUUUUGGAUCUCGAAGGACUCGCUCUUUCUGACUUUAUUAAUCCGAUGAGUGGCCCAACAAAAUUGGCCAGACUAGUUGUCAAAAUAUGGGCUGACUACUUUAAGGAAGGAGUAGAAGCAUAUGGUGGCAAAUGGAGGGAUGACUCGGGAAGAGCCGAUCCACCGGAAUCUGCUUGCCGUCAGUCGCUAUCGACAAAAGUGCACAACUACUUUGAUGCGAAAAAACUUUGGCAAGAUAACGGUUAUAUAGACAUCCCUGAAAUGACACCGGCGACCUUAAAAGCAAAACAAACUGUGGGAGUAGCAAGGAAGUGCGAAAAGGAUGGACAAACACUUAUAUGGCAUUUUACGGUCACUGGAGAUAUUGAGUUUGACAUAAUCAGAAUUGAAAAUGGUGAGGAAAUAACAGUUUGGCCUAAAAUAACUCUCACUACCGUGAAAACGCCAGAACAAGGAUCCAUCGAAUGCAAGAAAGGGGACUAUCUGGCAAGAUUCACGAACCCUAACCAUUCCUGGAUGUCACUCAAACUGCAUUAUGCAGUCGAGCUAACUCCUUCGUAG